AUGCGUCUUCUCGCCCCAUUCGCAACUUUGCUCGCGGUGGGCGUCGCUAGCGCUCGCAGAAUGACCAAGCACGAGAUCGGUGAACGUCAACUCGAGGCAGCAAAGCGUUGGCAGACCAGCGGCCCUCAAAGUCGGGGCGUAAUGCACAGUGGCGUUCAGAAUAUCACAUUCACGAAUCCAAAGGCCUCAGAAUUUUACGUCGAUGGCACAUCCCUCCCUCUUGUCGACUUCGACGUUGGUCCUAGCUGGGCAGGUCUUCUGCCCAUCAGCAAUAGCCCUAACGAGACCCGUCAGCUUUAUUUCUGGUUUUUCCCUCCUGGCCCCGAAGGGAGUCUUGAUGAUUUAAUCUUUUGGACGAACGGUGGCCCUGGUUGCUCCUCCCUUGAAGGUUUGCUGCAAGAGAAUGGAGCAAGCCCCCUUCCUUUCAGUUGGUCCUGGGGUCAGGCCAAACCGACGGUGAAUCAACAGAGCUGGACCAACCUCUCCUCCGUCCUUUGGGUGGAGCAACCUGUCGGAACGGGAUUUUCCCAAGGCAUCCCAGACGCACAGAACGAAGAGGAUGUUGCUACUCAACUCGUCGGCUUCAUGCAGCAGUUCCUUAAGGUCUUCUCGGAACUCAAAGGUAAAAAGUUGUAUUUAACGGGCGAAAGUUACGCUGGAACAUAUGUACCUUAUAUCGCAAAUUAUAUCUACGAGAAUCCCACUCAAUUGGACCUCUCGCUGCAGGGGAUAUGGAUCAGUGACCCUUCAAUCUCAUGGGACGUGGUGCAAGAGGAGAUUCCUGCAGUGGACUUUGUGAACAAAUACGCUGGUCUCUUCUCUUUUAAUCAAACGUACAUGGAUUACCUCAACGAGAAGGCUGCGACGUGCAAUUACACUGGCUACAUGGAUAAGUAUGUCACGUACCCUCCAACAGGUCUUCUUCCCCUUCCAGGAGACUCUAUCAAGUUUGCACAAGGUUGCGACGUCUGGCAUGACAUUUUCAAUAAUUCAUUGAUUAUCAACCCCGCUUUCAAUGUCUAUCGCAUCUGGGACACUUAUCCAAUUUUAUGGGAUGUCUUAGGUUUUCCAGGGUCAUUCCCACAGACGCAGUCUCCUAUCUACUUUAAUCGAAUGGAUGUCAAGGAAGCCAUCCACGCACCCAUUGACACCCAGUGGUCGGAAUGCUCCAAUAUCAAAGUCUUCCCCAACAAAGACAGCAGCUUACCUCCUGCCUUCACUGUAUUACCGAAUGUCAUUGAGAAGAACCAGCGGACCGUCAUUGUGCACGGUCUCGCCGACUUCGUACUCAUUGCUGACGGAACCAGAAUUGCCAUUCAAAACAUGACCUGGAGUGGUUUGCAAGGAUUCCAGACACCUAUUGCUAACGACAGCUUCAUCGUCGAUGGCGUGGGUGCCUAUGGCACCAUGCAUUCGGAGCGGGGACUCACUUAUUACGAAGUAGCAUUGAGUGGACAUAUGAUUCCGCAGUUUGCGCCAGUGGCAGCCUUCCAGAUUAUGCAGUAUCUGAUGGGCUUUAGGGACACGCCUUAG